AUGCCGAUUGAAAAACAACCAAAGAUUCGCGAACCGAUGUGGCACGAAUGGGAUGAUAAGGCUCAAAAGAAAGGAAUACAUCAUACAGUUUACACCGUGAAUGGAGAUCAUUACACCGGAGAUUGGAGCAAUAAUAAAAAAAAUGGCAAAGGUACACAAUUCUGGAAAAAGUCAGGUACUAUCUAUGAUGGAGAUUGGAAAGACAACAAACGUCAUGGUUUUGGCACCCUUAGUGUUCCAGUUAAAAAUGGCUAUCGUAAGGUAUAUUCUGGCGGUUGGAAAAACGGCAUGCGACACGGUUAUGGAACAAAUUUUUACUCUCCAACGGAAUAUUAUGAAGGCGAAUGGUAUGCAAAUAAGAGAAGUGGAUGGGGAAGAAUGUAUUUUGAAGACGGUUCAAUUUAUGAAGGCGAAUGGUUUAAUGAUCUUAGAAACGGAGAGGGCAUGCUAAGAUUAGCAACCGGUAACAGAUAUGAAGGAUCCUGGAAAGAUGAUUUAAAGCAUGGUGCCGGUAAAUUUUAUUAUUUAGAUAAAGGACAGCUAUAUGAAGGUACUUGGCGUGAUAAUAUACCGAAGUGUGGCAAUAUGGUAGACUACGCAAGAAAUGAAGCUACUCGUCCAACUCAGUAUCAGUUACCUGAGAAUAAAUUACAAAAUCCAGAUGCAGUAAUGAGGGAAGCAGAAGAAAAAUUGGAGGAGGAUGAAACUGAAUAG